CUUCGUAAUAAAAGCUCGGGACCGAGGAACAGCGCAACGUGCUUCACAUCUAAGAUACGUCCGAAGGGUAAAAUGUCUGCUGUCAUCGUCGACAACGUGAUCAAGUCAACGGUUCGUAAUGUACAGUUUCCGAAUGUUGAUGCUGCGGAGUUGUUUAAAGAUGUCUUCAUCAAGUUCAAGGACAAAGUAGCGCUGGUGCACUGCACUACCGGUGUGAGUUUGACAUUCGGUGAGCUGCACGAAACGGCGCUUCGUAUCGCUGCAGGCUUGCAGAAACUGGGCUUAAAGCCUGGGCAGAAAGUGGGCAUUCACAGUGGUAAUAACCUGGAUUGUUUCUUGGCUGUCUACGGCGCCAUUUUCGCCGGGGGUCUCCUCGUGUUUGCACCUGCACACCUUACGCAUCAUGAGCUACGGUACUUGUUUGGGGAUUCCCAACCAGAUUUUGUCUUCUGCGACGAAAAGAAUGCUUCAAAAGGUCUGGAGAUUUGCAGCACCCUAGAAUGUGUUAAGAAACUGAUUGCGCUUGGCCAGUACGAUGGCUUUAUAUCCAUAAAUGAACUCAAGUCUACGUCGCUUGAAGAGCUCCAGCUAGUAGCGAAAAAAAGGACCGACGAUACACUGAUGAUCAUCUAUUCUAGCGGAACCACAGGAAUGCCUAAAGGGAUUCUCCUCACACAUGGGAACUUCAUAGCCCAAAUGAUCUUGUCGGGCUUUGCAGGGUUCAACAUGGUCACUCCGAGUGACGUCAUGUUAUCAACUAAUCCUUGCACGCACCUUUCGGGCAUUUGGAUCGGCGGUGCAUCCCUCGCAGCGGGGACAACAGUGGUGUUGGCGCCGAGCUCCGAACCAGAUGUCAUUCUUCCAGCCAUUGAAAAAUACAAGGCCACUACCAUGCUCCUGUUUCCAACGUACGCCCUCAAGUUGCUUCAGAGCCCACUUCUUGGAAAAGUGGACACGAGUAGUCUCAAAACCAUUGUCGUUGGUGGGAGCACUGCACCAGCUGUAGUUGCGCAAGGUGUCAUCGAGAAGCUCAAGUUGGUAUCUUAUAUGCACAUGUACGGGUUAACGGAAACAACAGGGCCUGUAACCAUGUCUCCCCGUGGUCAACUUGAUUACAUAAGUACUGGAGUGCCGGUAGCCAUGAGCGACAUGAAGGUGGUGGAUGUCCACACUGGUGAAAAGCUGGGUCCUCUCAAAGAAGGCGAAGUAUGCAUUCGGAGUCCACUCUGUUCUCCUGGGUACCUAAACAGGCCGGAAGCUACCGCAGCUCUUUACGACGCUGAAGGGUUCUUGAGAAGCGGUGACAUCGGCUACUACGACGAGAAUGGACGGUUCCACAUCGUAGAUCGCCAAAAAGAGAUGAUCAAAUGCAUGGAUCUGGCGGUGUCACCCGCAGAACUGGAAGCGCUUUUGCAACAACACGCAGCAGUCAAAGAAGUAGCCGUUGCUGGAGUGCCUCAUCCAGAAUAUGUGGAAGGAGCCAGGGCGUUCGUGGUGCUGCACAAGGACUCGAGUCACAGUGUCACCGAAGACGAAUUGGCCAAGAUUAUCUCAGAGCGACUGGCUCCCCACAAACAUCUUCACGGAGGGGUGGAAUUCGUGAAAAGCAUCCCGAAGUCGGACACCGGCAAGUUCCUUCGUAGAGCUCUGCGCGACAACUACUUGAAGGCGAAAGUCUAGACCAAACUUUUUCUUGGAACGUCCCAAUAUAUUUUCAAUACCCAAAUUCAAUACGCCAAAAUCUCCUGUGCUCCUUCUGAAGGGAUUUCGGAGAGAUUCUAACGACCAGGCAUCCUUGCCGUUAUGUGGCAUGGCCAGCAAACCACGUCUUCCCUGGUUACGUGCCAUCUACUCCAUUUUAAUCCAGAAUGCAUUCUGCAGAGAAGGAGUGAACUCCGGAAAGCGUGUGUCCGACCGUCUGCGCCAGGUGGACCUUUAAGAGCCAUUUAUUUCGUGUGUUUUCUUCCUAUUCGGCGCGUUAAACGUCGGCGGCAACCAUAUGCUGGCCCAUUGUUAUCAGCAUAAAAAGUACCGCACCCAAAUAUGGGCAAAAAAUAGAGCUUGUCUGGAUGCAUUGUGCUCCGAAGUUGGCUCAUAACGGAUUGUAGUAGUGUGCUACGAAACCAAUAAAGUUCAAUCUGAACCA